AUGGCAGGUCAUUACGAAGUGGCCAACCUCUUGGCGAGCUAUAACACGGAUGGUGCGGCAACACCUCGUCUGGUGAACGCCACCCACUCAAGAAUCCCGGGCGACCCUCUGGACGGUAUCUGGGUGGACGCUAUUUGCAUCAACCAAGAAGACUUGGAUGAGAGACAGCACCAAGUCCAGUUAAUGGACUGGAUCUACUCUACCGCUAACUACACGGUGGUAUGGUUAGGGCCAAGUGAUGAAUGGACUGACUUGGCUGUCUCGGCUCUCUCCAAAGUCGGAACCGUUUUUAGCGAGUUCGGCAGCAAUAGCCUUGACCCUUUCCAUCUCAGGCUGCGCCGGACAGAGUCAGAGGUAUUUCCAGACCUUUCCGAACGAGAGUGGGAGUCACUAGCCGCAUUCUACGGUCGUCGUUGGUUCUCACGCAUAUGGGUCAUCCAAGAGGUUGCCCUGAGUGACAAA